CCAUGACUUCCGCGUUUUUCCUCUGUGUAUGAAACUGCACAUGAGUUUAUGAGUCCAGUAUAAAAAGCAUGCUCACAGCUAUCACAUCAAGACGCCGAGUGAACUCUGGAUAUCAAGAGGACUAUCUUUUUGGCAGUAAACCAUCGAGCCCCUGGACCCUUUUAUUCUCUAAGUUAACCGGACGCUGUGGACCCUGAAGCUCAAGCAUCCUACAACAGACUAAAGAGACACCAAGAUAAAGCAAUGGACGUUGAGUCUCUUCAGAAGAGCGGCCGCCGCCGUGGAAGCUGCCUGGACGUUUUCCUCGUCGUGUCCACCAUUUUUCUACUUGUGGCGGUGGUAGCUCUGGCCGCCGGCGGAGUGAUGGUGGUGAUGGAGCUGCGGUCCGAGCUGGAGACCCAGCGUCCUUCAUCUGAUCCCAGGACGUCAAGGCUGACACGAGACACACCUGGCUCAGCAUACAAGAUGCAGAACUUUGCCUAUCUGGAAGCCAAGACAAGCAAGCUGCAGAACUCCACCAUGGAAUUGUCUCAAAUCAAAUAUGGUGCUGGGCUGUCCGUGGGAAGCAACUUCCAGUUUGAGGAAGAUACGCAUUCGUUGAAGGCCAAACAGGUGGGGAACUACUUCAUAUACAUCAAUCUCAACCUCACCUGCACCUACCGAUGUAGCGCGGGACUCCUCAGUGUGAGGUUGGGCGAUAAACUCACCUGCGAGGUGGAGCUUCCGGAUCUGGCGGAUACAACGUCUGUAAGCAGGAAGUGCUGGACAGUGAGCCGAUUGGACGGGCAGAAACUGUUCACUCAGAUGACCGUACCAAAGGAGGGACUGGAGUACUGGAAGCUGGAGCUGAACACCUCAGGACUUGGGAUGUUCCUCGUGGACUAAUGUAGACGCUGAUCUGCCUGCACGUGUGUGACCUUUGGGUCAUAACUGUGUUUUCUAAGUGUCCAACUAAAUGAAAAUGGGCCUGCUCCGGUGCUCAUUUUAAAGCUUUAUCCAGAUUUAUUGCAAACUAAGGCCAUGAAGCUAAGCAGGAUUUUAAGGAGAAGUUGCAUUUUUUUAUGCAAACUGCAUCUGGAAAACACAAUUGCCUCAUUUUGUAUAAAUAUGUAUAUGAUAUAUUUAUUUGAUGAUGAAACUAUUUAUGUAUCUAUAUUUAUACUUUUUGUUUUAAUAGAAAUGUAUUAUGAAGUAGAUAUCACUACAUUAGUGUCAAUGUACAAUACACUGCUCGUUUAAUAAGCCUAUAUUGGGUUAUAUUACUUCUGUUUUGCUCUGUUUUUUUCAUAUAUAAAUGACUCAGCGCAUAAAGUUGAGUGUUAUAAUAAAAUAUAAGAUGAUAAUUCUGCUCGGAAACCCCAACAAGCUCCUCAGGGAUCUCAUUUAGAUCUAGUGAGGUUAAGUGGAGGUCCUAUGAGAAGUGUCUCUGUGAUGAAAUCAUGACCACAUUACUAAAGUAUCUUUAAUAUGUGUACUCAUGAAUAAGAAAAUGUUUUGUUUUUGAAAGACAUGUAAGUCCUAUGGACAAUUUGCACAUUGUUGAAUUUAUUUCAAUGUAUCCAUAUUAAACUUGGAUAUUUUGUCCUGAAAUAAAAAGCAGUGUGAAAGUGAUUGCGUCAACGUUUCAAGCAGAAUAAAUGAAACGUUCCUGUGUAAGGGAAAGUUCCCUACUGUUACGCAGCCUAUGCCGGGAACUGGAACAUCACUAUGUACAUCACUAUGUACAUCACUUCCUGUUUAUUUACCAAACAGUGUGGUUUGAAAAAAACCUCUACUGUAUAUAGGGCAGUCAACAAACCUAAAUUACACCUCCUGUCUGAUAUUGACACAGGAUGUAACAAAUAUUCCCCGCUAUUAUGAUGUAUAAGUCACGCUCACACAAGAAGCAAAGGGCAUGCUCCAAUUAUUGCGUCUAAAAUAAAAUAUUACUUCUCAAUAGCUACUACUUGUGAACUUUGUGCUUUUUCUCCUCCAUUCAUUUCUUUAUGGCAUCUCACUCAUAAAAGUGAUUCCCAAACUGAGG